CGACCGCAAAAUUUCAAGGAAACUCUAUUCAUAAGAUAAAGACCAUACAUGUGCGUAUAUGAAAAGGAUAUGCAUGUAGAGGACCACUGUAUAACACCGAUUUUACAGACGACAGAUCUAUACCUAAAAUCAUAACUGUAUUUUUAAAUGAAAAGCAAUGUUAGAAAUCAUGACUUUACUCAAGUUAAUCUUAUUGAAAUGGAAGACAUCUCAAGCAAGCAGACAUUACGAACAUUACGGAUAUUGUUAUGUAAGCAACACUUAUAUGUAAAUGACACCUGUCAAUCAGUUUUAAAAGUAAUACCUUGUUGAAUCUUCUACAAAGAUUAAUCAGAUCAAAAGAUCGAUUAAUUAGCAUUAAUCCUGACAGCAUUUUAUUUUAAUUCACUCUUAAUUAGAUCUGCUUUUCUGUUAUUGUGUAUGUGUUUUUACAAGCAAACAUGACACAACUUUUAAUCUCCUUUAACAUUAAUGAACCGAAAACAAAAUAUUUCUGAUUGAUUUUAUCACUUGAUUUACGAUACAUGUAAAGCUGUUCACUUUCUUAUUCAUUUAUGAAAAUAUGUAUAUAGGUCACAGGGAAAUCGCGAAUUCAAAACGGCGCGAAUUAAGAUUGUGUUAAUAAAUCGCGAAAUAAAGACGGCGCGAAAAUUUCCCGGUUUACAGUAUACAUAUAAAACGUAAUUGGAAUAAUCAAAAUUAUUGAACAACACAAAAGACCACAUCAACCACCAACACCCAACCAUGAAGAAAAAACAAACGCCCAAGCAAAGACAAAUUUAAACAAUAAACAACACAUACAUGUAGCUAGAUAGCAUGACCAGGCACAAAAUUAUAACAUAACACUACCAAGUAUGUCAGUAACUUCUUUGGGGCAACUUAAAGACAGUCAAGCAAGCAUGUUACAGUUAAUAAAAAAGACUGUUCAUAAGACAUAAAUUUGCAUUGCUAAAAUGAAUACAAGUCAAAAAGGUGUCCUUACUUUGAUACAAUUUGAGCUGCCUUGAGCUACCAUAUAUAUAUAUUAAAAGUAGCCUAUCUAAACAUUACAAUUAUUGGAACUGAUCCUAAAAUUGUUGUCAUUUUUGUUAUUAGAUUGAUAGAUUAUUAAAAAAAUUUCUUUAAUAUUUCACCGGUAUAAACAGAAGAUAAAUGUCCUAACAGUGUGUCAACAUUCAUAUAUACAUGUAUAUGGAAAAGGUCAACAGAAUCAACAUGUACAGACUAAGUGGACUUUGAUGUAAUAUUAUGAGCUAUCGCCUGUCACAGAACUAUGCCUGGGACACAACACUUCCUUUGGGCCAAGGGGCUACCAGUAAAGUAUUUAAAGGAUUCAGCAGGAUGAAUGGUGAAGAUGUAGCUGUAAAAGUGUUUACUCAUGCAGGACAGAUGAGGCCUUUUGAUGUUCAAAUUAGAGAAUACAAAGUGAUGGACAUGUUAAAUCAUGAAAACAUUGUCAGACUAUUAGCUAUUGAAGAGGAGCAAAACACUCACGACAGAGCUAUUGUAAUGGAGCUAUCAAACUGUGGAAGUCUGUACACAUUACUAGAUGACAGCUCUAAUGCAUUUGGUUUAGAUGAAGAUGAGUUUCUACUAGUACUUUCACAUGUCACUGCAGGGAUGAAACAUUUACGUGAGAAUGGUAUUGUUCAUCGAGACAUUAAACCAGGAAACAUUUUGCUGUACAAAAAAGAAGAUGGAAAAUCAGUUUAUAAGUUGACUGACUUUGGUGCUGCUAAACAACUAGAAAAUGACGAAGAGCAGUUUAUGUCAUUGUAUGGAACAGAAGAAUAUCUGCACCCAGAUAUGUAUGGUAGAGCUGUAAUGAGAAUCAGGAACCCAGAAAAUGAAGGAUUCGACUCAAGUGUAGACCUCUGGAGUCUUGGAGUUACAUUUUAUCAUGCUGCUACAGGCCAGUUACCAUUCAGACCUCAUGGUGGAAGGAAAAACAGACGUCAGAUGUAUGAAAUAACGAGAAAUAAAGAAGGUGGAGUUAUAUCUGGAGUGCAGAAGACUGAGAAUGGUCAGAUUGAAUGGAGUAAAGAACUACCAGCAACUUGUCGGCUUUCACUUGGUUUAAAGCAGCAUCUAACACCAAUAUUGGCUGGCCUGUUAGAGAGUAAUGAGAAGAAAAAGUGGAAUUUUAAUACAUUGUUUAACGAAGUGGAGAAAAUAGAUGAGAAAAUGAUUAUUCAUGUAUUUUGUCCUCACAAAUGGUCACUUUUAAGGAUUUAUAUAAAGCCUGAAGCAUCGUAUAGUGGAUUCCAAGAAUUGAUAGCAGAACAGAGUGAGAUAUCUGCAGAGAACCAGAUAUUAAUCUUUGAAGGAGAAGUCUUAUUAACAUUAAUUGAAAGUGAAAUAUCACCAGUCAGGCAUUAUCCUAAAACCAUUAGUGAGGAGACUCCAGUUUAUGUAUUUUCUAAGAUCGUAAUGGAACCAAGGCAGUUUCAAUUUGCUAUCUAUCCUGAGUUUCCACGGUUUGGUAAUACAGUACAUGUUGCUAAUGAUUACCAGCUUUCCAAAGUAUGUAAUGCUGUUGUUCAUUACAUUUAUUGGUGUGUCAAACGAUUUCAUUUGAAAGAGAAGCUACUCAGACACUGUGUUCUCAGUUACAUACAUGAACUUCACCAUGAGUGCACACAUUUAUUGGACUAUAAUAAACAUCAGACACAACAUUAUCAGACAUCUGAACAAUGGUAUAGACAAAUAAAGGGACAGUUAGAGCAAGUGAGAGCACUAAGUGCUAUGUAUCGUAUAGAUAACAAAUUUAAAGUCAUCUAUGGUAGUCAGCAUGGUAAUCUAGAGAGCUCUUGGCAAAGUCUGAAGAGUUAUCUGGAUAGAACAGUACAAGAUUUAUUUAAUAUAGAAAAAGAUGAGUUACAGAACAGGAAGUUGGAGUAUGUGUGGGACGACAGACUGGGCUGCUUUGAUGAUAAGGAUAGAUGUGCACAGAAAGUUGAGAUGAUGAUUGAUACUCUGAAGAAGAUUGUUCAUAACUUUAAAGAAAAUCGACAGAAUCGUUCAUUGGACCACAUUACAGAACAGCUUCAUAUGUUCAGAAAGAAUAGUCUCCAAGAGAUAUGUGUGACAACCCAAUCGAUUAUUGAGAAAUGUCACAAAAAUGCUCAGCGACAGUUUGAUAAAUUCAAUGAAUGGUACCACUCAGCUGUUGAAAUGAGAUGCUCUACCAACAGUAUAGAGAAAGAUUUACUUCAGAUAGAGAUGUCACACCAGAAACCUUUUGUUGAAAAGUUGAGGAAGACAUCUGAUGAUGUUGUACAGAGUCUAACAGAUAUUAAAUGUGCCUUAAAAAACCAUGGAGUAUUAUCAAAUGGAGUACUUGAUAAAACUGACAGUCUGUCACCUAAAGGAUGCUCACUGUCUUCUCCAAAAGAAUUUGUUUUGCAGCUUAAUAAUGGCUUUGAAGAAUCUAACAAACUAAUGGAAGAGACCCAGAGAGCAUUUUCCCAGAAUAACAAAAUGCUGACUGAGCUGACUCACCAGAUGUCAGAAUUGAACUACAUGGAUAAAGGCUGAGGAUCUGUAUCCAUAGCAACCAAGGAUAUAUAAACAUAAAAUUGGUGACAAAAAAUCAAAAGGCUAUAGAUAGUUCAUUACACAAUUAGUUUUCCAUUUAAAUGUACUUGGGAAAUUAAUUUUUGCAUGUGCUUAAAUUUCCAUGAUUAAAAACAAAUUGUACUCAUCAUUGGAGAAGAUUGUGAUAUUGUUGCAUCAAUGUAUGGUAAGGAUGGAUAAAUGUGAAUUAAAUAUAAAUAUGGUAUCCUUUGUGAGUUCACUCACAGUUCCAGCUUAUAUGGUUGUAUACUUAAAUAGAAAGUAUUGAAAUCAUCAAUGUCUGAGAUGGUUAACUGGAAUUAAAUAUGAUGGUGUAGGAUUUCCUUUAAUAUAUAACAAUAUUUGACUUUUGUCUAUAUUCUGUGAUAAGCCUUUGUAUUUAUAUAUGUACCGAUGAUGUAAAUUAAUUUCCUUGUUGAUUGCUAUCAUGAAGAAAACUAUUUUGUCUCAGAUAAAUAGAUAAUUUUUAUGUUAUUUUAAAUGAAUGACAUAUACACUGCUGAUUCUGUGCAUUUUUGUAGUAUCCUCGAUUUUAUUUAUUUAUUGUCUGUAAAUAUUAUUCAUGGCACUUUGCACAGACAGCAAAAUUACUACUUUUUCAUAAACUGUUUUCUUAAUAAAAUAAGUAGUUUGCAUAUUCUAAUGUGUGAUGUGAUGUGAGAUGUGUGAUGUGAUGUGAGCAAUUCCAUCUUGAUUGGAGUUCUGGAUCAAGUAGAACAUUUGACUUGUCUGGCAGUGUUUUGUCUUUGGCUCACAAAAAAAUUAUAAACAAGUGUGACAUGUUUGCAUGGUUAUUAUUUAGUUUUAUUAUAUUAUGUGUUUAAG